AUGUCGGCUUCCUUCGACCCGGCAACGGAAGUUGAGUGACAGCUCGUUGACCCUAGAUAUGGAGCUUCCAGCAUCAGCUGACAAAGAGGAAGAGAAAGACAGGUGCUGAUUAAUUAAACAACCAAGGAGACUUCUACUUGCCUGGUUGCCAGAUCUGGCUGUGCUUUCUUUAGCGAAAUCCCCUCUUUGUUCAUCAUUCCAUACAUUCAUCAUCUCCUACAUGUACUAAAUGGCAUGACGGCAAACAACUGUGGAAUUGUUUAAAGCACAAACAGAUCUAGCAACUGGGCCAGUCAAAUAUCCACUAGUACUACCAGUUGUUUUUCUAUAUCGCUUUUGUGCUAUUUUCACAAGUAUGUGGUGAAUUUUCAAAACGCUUUGUACAAAACUCCAACUGGUAACACUUGUAACACAGCAAGACUCGUUGAAAACUUUAUUCUGCAUUCAUUUUGUUUGAAGACUACUUUCACCACACAAAAGGUGCUACACCUAGAAUUUCUCCCCCAUGUGGAAGCUAGGUGAAUUGCAACAGCACUAGGCUGCAUUCCCCUGCAUCCCAUUUUCCCAUAACAUGGCGGAGACUCGCGCUUGAACCUUUUACUUUCGGUUUUGAUUCACCAGGUUCAAACAGCUGUAAAACUGUUUUGUUAUUGAAAAUAUGUCACAGCGAUUUAGAUGGUACAAUGAUUCCCUACACUAUUCAACGCUUGUUUUCUCGCAUAAACUGAAAUUGAGCAAACCGUGAAGAAUUUUAGCAACCAGGAAAUGACAGAGAGUUCUACAUUGGCCGCUUGACCCGAUUUCCACUAUAUAACAGCCACAAAGUCAAAACAGCUUUUCCAUUUUGACAAUAGAUGCCGCUUUGGCGGGAGAAAUCAAUAGGCGAAUAUCAUAGCCAGUCACAACACUGGCAGGUAAGUAAUACUGUGAAAUACUAUCAUUCCACUAUUACUGCAGAUAUGUUAUAGACAUUUUCUGAAAUUACAAUGCAAUUAUUAUUUUUUUAAUCCUAUGUGUAGCACCUUUAAUCUAAAAUAGAAGUUUACUGUGAAAUACCAUGAACAUUGAUUUAAUCACCAAAACACAACACAAUUUCUUCUCAAUUUAGGUAUUUUAACAACCAGUUAAUCCAAUAGCAAAAAAUGCAAGACCCAUGUUUCAAAAUUGACCUUUGAAUGUAAUAUGCUACAGUGUGAUCAUUGAAGACAUCUUUCACGAUCAUUGAUGAAAAAAAAAGUAUAUAUUGUUAAGAUAUCAUUACAAAAUAGGUGUACAACAGCGCUAAUGUCAACAAAAUGCAUGUUGAUCUUUACUGGCUUAAAGCAGAGGAGAGAUUGUAAGCAUACUUUCUCGUUUUGUAAGAAAUAUUAAUGUGUUGAACUCAACUGUCUACUCAAUCAACUAACAUACAGCUCUGACAAACAUUUCAUAUUCCACAAGACAUGCAACCAGAGGUCUCUUCACAGUCCCUAAAGCCAAAACGAAUUCAAGGCAAUGCCCAGUAAUACUGUAUAUAGAGCCAUAUAGCAUGGUACUACCUGCCAUCUCGAAUCACUCAAGCAAGCAGCAAAAUUAGCAUCUCCCUCCCGAGCACUUGCUUGGGUUAAAGAUGUGGCCUUGGCAUUAGGAUAUCAGGCCCUGCUUAGAGAAAGCAAUUGUAAGCAAAGCCUCAGUAGAGUAAGGAUAUACGAAAGGUGUACCGCAAGGGUCGGUAUUGGGACCUGUUUGACUAUUUAUAUAAAUAAUAGAUUUAAAACUUGUACUUAAUGCAGGGCAAAACUAAAUAUGUUUUCUAAUUCACUGACAAAUGUCUCAGAUGGUCUACAUAUUCACUCUUUGGAUGGCUCUAUCAUCGAUUGGGUUCCCGCCUAUAAAUAUCCUGCAGGCGCCCAGCUUGCCAUAAGGAGUCGCUAAAGCGCAAUGAGCCAAGUAAAGCCCCCCCGGCCAAACCCUCCCCUAAUCCAGACGACGCUGGGCCAAUUGUGCGCUGCCCUAUGGGGCUCACGACACAGCCUGGGAUGGAACCUGGGUCUGUAGUGAUGCCUCAAGCAGUGCCUUAGACCGUUGCGCCACUCGGGAGGCCUCACCUUUUAAUUUUAACUCACCACAGUUAUGGAAUGAAUACCUUGCUAAACAAAUUAGACCUGGAUUCCGUAGUGCCGAUAGGGCAGUUUAAAACUGUUAAAUUAGUUUACUGAAGUGUGCAAUUGUUUCAAUUGACUUUUAAACUUGUUGAAAUAACCUGAUGUAAUGUAUUUAUAGCUGUCUUGUAGUUAUCAUUUUUUUUUGUGUUGAUGGAAUUUUUGUCCUCAGGGCACCAUUGCAAAUGAGGUACUAGUCUCAUUUGGGCUCCCUUGAAUAAAUAAAGGUAAAUAUAUAUUUUUAAAAAUUAUUGUGCUCCGUAUGAUAUGAUACUCUGCUCAGCUCGCUGGCUAACUGAUGAUGUGAGAAUCUCUCAGGUUGUUUUAAAGAACAUUGGUGUAGUGACAUUAGAAUACCAGGGCCUGCCUCAGUAGAGCAAAGUAUUAUUGAUGUAUGACAUUACAUUUACAUUUUAGUCAUUUAGCAGACGCUCUUAUCCAGAACGACUUACAGUUAGUGAGUGCAUACAUUAUUAUUUAUUUUUUCAUACUGGCCCCCCGUGGGAAUCGAACCCACAACCCUGGUGUUGCAAACGCCAUGCUCUACCAACUGAGCUACAUCCCUGCCGGCCAUUCCCUCCCCUACCCUGGAUGACGCUGGGCCAAUUGUGCGCCACCCCAUGGGUCUCCCGGUCACGGCCGGCUACGACAGAGCCUGGAUUCAAACCAGGAUCUCUAGUGGCACAGCUAGCACUGCAAUGCAGUGCCUUAGACCACUGCGCCACUCGCUGAAGUGUAUAAAAGUGUGUUCUUAUUUCCAUUUAUUUAGUUAUGUCCUAGAGUUGAUUCCUAGUGUGUGUGACUGGUGGACGAUGCUGGAGGGGAAUGAAGGUGGUAAUGUAAGACAAGUUGUUGAGGUGGAAACCAUUAAGUUGAAACUUUAGCGGGAGGAAACUCCACACUAUUCAAGGUUACUGUGUUCACCUCUGUUAACUCUGAGGUGAAAAGCCUCAGUGGGAGCCAAGGACCUUAGGUGAAACUCCCAUCUGAUUCUGGUUCAUUUUAAAUGAGCAGGAGCCUAACAGCUCCAUCUGAUUCACAGGGACCUUGUUCAUUUCAUGAGUAGGUCCAAAGCCUAGUACAAUACCUCAGAUAACCCUUCAUGGGUGGUAGACUGUAACACGUCACACUAUACUUCAGAUAACCCUUCAUGGGUGGUAGACUGUAACACGUUACACUAUACCUCAGAUAACCCGUUAAGGGCAAUACUGUAACAAGGCUCAAGAUUCAAGGAAUUUAGCUCAUUGUUAUGAGCAUGGGUGAAGGAAGCGAAGUGAAGCCUGUAUGUCUGAUUAGUUUAGUUCAUUUUAUGAGCUGAAUGGGGGUGAAGGACGUUAGGUGAAGCCCAGUAUGAUGAAAGUUCUGUUCAUUCUAUGAACUUACGUAAGGAUGUACAGUGGGGGGAAAAAAGUAUUUAGUCAGCCACCAAUUGUGCAAGUUCUCCCACUUAAAAAGAUGAGAGAGGCCUGUAAUUUUCAUCAUAGGUACACGUCAACUAUGACAGACAAAAUGAGAAAAAAAAUCCAGAAAAUCACAUUGUAGGAUUAUGAAUGAAUUUAUUUGCAUAUUAUGGUGGAAAAUAAGUAUUUGGUCAAUAACAAAAGUUUCUCAAUACUUUGUUAUAUACCCUUUGUUGGCAAUGACACAGGUCAACCGUUUUCUGUAAGUCUUCACAAGGUUUUCACACACUGUUGCUGGUAUUUUGGCCCAUUCCUCCAUGCAUAUCUCCUCUAGAGCAGUGAUGUUUUGGGGCUGUCGCUGGGCAACACGGACUUUCAACUCCCUCCAAAGAUUUUCUAUGGGGUUGAGAUCUGGAGACUGGCUAGGCCACUCCAGGACCUUGAAAUGCUUCUUACGAAGCCACUCCUUCGUUGCCCGGGCGGUGUGUUUGGGAUCAUUGUCAUGCUGAAAGACCCAGCCACGUUUCAUCUUCAAUGCCCUUGCUGAUGGAAGGAGGUUUUCACUCAAAAUCUCACGAAACAUGGCCCCAUUCAUUCUUUCCUUUACACGGAUCAGUCGUCCUGGUCCCUUUGCAGAAAAACAGCCCCAAAGCAUGAUGUUUCCACCCCCAUGCUUCACAGUAGGUAUGGUGUUCUUUAGAUGCAACUCAGCAUUCUUUGUCCUCCAAACACGACGAGUUGAGUUUUUACCAAAAAGUUCUAUUUUGGUUUCAUCUGACCAUAUGACAUUCUCCCAAUCCUCUUCUGGAUCAUCCAAAUGCACUCUAGCAAACUUCAGACGGGCCUGGACAUGUACUGGCUUAAGCAGGGGGACACGUCUGGCACUGCAGGAUUUGAGUCCCUGGUGACGUAGUGUGUUACUGAUGGUAGACUUUGUUACUUUGGUCCCAGCUCUGCAGGUCAUUUACUAUAUUUAUAUUUUUAUAUUUAUAUUUUAUAUUUUUUAUUUAGCAGACGCUCUUAUCCAGAGUGACUUACAGGAGCAAUUAGGGUUAAGUGCCUUGCUCAAGGGCACAUCGACAGAUUUUUCACCUAGUCGGCUCAGGGAUUAGAACCAGCGACCUUUCGGUUACUGGCACAACGCUCUUAACCACUAAGCUACCUGCUACCUGCCGCCCACUAGGUCCCCCUGUGUGGUUCUGGGAUUUUUGCUCACCGUUCUUGUGAUCAUUUUGACCCCACAGGGUGAGAUCUUGCGUGGAGCCCCAGAUCGAGGGAGAUUAUCAGUGGUCUUGUAUGUCUUCCAUUUCCUAAUAAUUGCUCCCACAGUUGAUUUCUUCAAACCAAGCUGCUUACCUAUUGCAGAUUCAGUCUUCCCAGCCUGGUGCAGGUCUACAAUUUUGUUUCUGGUGUCCUUUGACAGCUCUUUGGUCUUGGCCAUAGUGGAGUUUGGAGUGUGACUGUUUGAGGUUGUGGACAGGUGUCUUUUUAUACUGAUAACAAGUUCAAACAGGUGCCAUUAAUACAGGUAACGAGUGGAGGACAGAGGAGCCUCUUAAAGAAGAAGUUACAGGUCUGUGAGAGCCAGAAAUCUUGCUUGUUUGUAGGUGACCAAAUACUUAUUUUCCACCAUAAUUUGCAAAUAAAUUCAUAAAAAAUCCUACAAUGUGAUUUUCUGGAUUUUUUUUACUCAUUUUGUCUGUCAUAGUUGACGUGUACCUAUGAUGAAAAUUACAGGCCUCUCUCAUCUUUUUAAGUGGGAGAACUUGCACAAUUGGUGGCUGACUAAAUACUUUUUUCCCCCACUGUAAGUGGAACUCUGUCUGAAAUACUGUCCUGGUUAGUUAUGUAAGUUCAUGAAUGUUGCAUUUUAGUUAAUGAAACCCACAGCGCCGGUGGUAACUAACAAAAGGCCUACAAGUUUAAGAGAUUACAUGUUACCCCAAGAAAGACAUUGCGGGUGGUAACUGUAAAAAGUAUAUACUUUACCCCAGGAUACCCAUUACGAGCAGUACUAUAGAAACAAGGUAGCUUUAUUCACGUCAGGGUAAUUUAGUGAAACAAUGUUGCUAUAUUUAUGUCAGGGGAAUUUAGCAAAAAAUGUCUAUUUGCAACGCACCUUGUUAUUGCAUUUUUGUGUUCGUGUGUUGCGCUUGCAUUCAGUAGCGUCUAUGAAUCACAUGAUUAUGAAAGCAUUCAUGUAUGAAAGUGUAUUUUAAAUGUAAUUCUGUCCUUGUGAUGCACUUGUCUAUUAAUGUUCUGUAUCAUGUCUUGUUUUGUGUGUACCCCAGGAAGAGUAGCUGCUGCUUUAGCAGUAGCUAAUGGGGAUCCUAAUAAAAUACAAACAAAAUACUACUUUAAUCAAAUGAAAUAAAUAGAAGAAACAAUUUUUAGCAGGCACUAGUUUGCAUCAAUCAAUCAAUCAAUUUUAUUUUAUAUAGCCCUUCUUACAUCAGCUAAUAUCUCGAAGUGCUGUACAGAAACCCAGCCUAAAACCCCAAACAGCUAGUAAUGCAGGUGUAGAAGCACGGGCCUAGCCUGUCUUGAGCAUUUGGCCAUACUUUAGGUUCUCAUUGACAUCACAGUAAAUGUCCUCAUUGUUCAUGCACCUGGGGAAAAACCUUUUGGCAUGGCGAAUCCAAACCUAACAUAGGUCUGGAUUGAUGUCAUUGCAUUCCUCAUCCAUGGUCUGAAGGAGGGUGGCACGCUCAUGGGGAUGUGUUCCUAAUGUGUACAAAACAUUAGAAACACCUGCUGUUUUCAUGACAGACUGACCAGGUGAAGGCUUUGAUCCCUUAUUUUGAUGUCAAUUCAAUCAGUGUAGAAGGGGAGGAGACAGGAUAAAUAAUGAUUUUUAAGCCUUGAGACAAUUGAGACAUGGAUUGUGUGUGUGUGCCAUUCAGAGGGUGAAUGGGCAAGACAAAAUAUUUAGAUGUCUUUGAACGGGGUAUGGUAGUAGGUGCCAGGUGCACCGGUUUGAGUGUGUCAAGAACUGCAACGCUGCUGGGUUUUUCACACAACAGUUUCCUGUGUGUAUCAGGAAUGGUCUGCCACCCAAAGUACAUCCAAGCCAACUUGUACACAACUGUGGGAAGCAUUGGAGUCAACAUGGGCCAGCAUCCUUGUGGAAUGCUUUUGACACCUUGUAGUCCAUGCCCUGACAAAUUGAGGCUGUUCUGAGUGCAAAAGGGGGUGCAACUCAAUAUUAGGAAGGUGCUCCUAAUGUUUUGCACACUCAGUGUAAAUGUAUACUUUACAAACAUACCUUUUCAUUAUGUAUUGCACCAAAGCAACUGAAAAAAAAAACGGUAAUAAAAAAUUGCAUAGUGCCAUAACAUUGGAUAUUGUAAAUGUCCAGUAUUAGCAGAAAUGUAGGACUUUUACUCAUCAGUGUUACACCUCCAGGAACUGUGCAUUUCCUUCAGUCAGCUCUCCAUCCAUUGUCCUUCUGCUCCAAAAGAGAAGAAGCACACAGGUAAUUCCCGUCCCCCCAUUUCUGCAUGCAUGUACUCACAAUUCUAUGGUUAAGUGAGUACGUUAUGUCAGUGCAGUUAUCGUUACCCAGGCAUUACGUUUUUUCCAUCUCGUUUCCAUCUAGAAAUGUUAACUUCUCCAGUAACCGGUGACACUAAGAAUGUCAUUGAAUAUUCAGAGGAUGAAGCGACAAAGAAUUUCAAAGGCAGUAUAAGUAGAGCCUCGGGAAGCCACUUUUAUUUAUUAUUAACCUUGCUUGCCCUCAUGUGCAUCUAUAUUUCCUGAAACCCCUGCAGUCUAAUGUACUCUGUCUCCCCCAGUUGUUUGUGAAUACCUACUACAUGGCCAAGCACGACACCUAAGUGCCCAACCCUCAGGGAGUUCUUUAAGCCCGGCCUGGCCUGACGCCACCUGCUGUCUCCCGGCAACGGACACAUGA